ACUAGUAUAGGUUAGGUUUGUACUAGUUUGCUAGGGUUGCCGGUGGAGUGGGUCGUCGGUGUCUCUGUUUGUCUUAGGACGGCGGUUACGGCGGCGAGUUUAUCUCCAUGUCGGAUUUUUUUUUGCUCCUGAUGGUUCUUGUUGACCUGUCGGUGAGAUGUGUACAUAUGGGUUGCUUCGUCUCUAGAGUCUGUUGGCGUCGAUGCGGUGAAGAAGAUCCUCUGCUGAGCUCCGGCAUCUGCUUCUUCAUCUGCGACUACUUCGACACCUCCAGCGCGCGGCAUCUCCUGGUCUUUCCCAGGCAGUGCUCGUAGGGUGGAGACGGGACGGCGGUGGUGGAAUAAGUGUCGCCGGCUUCUUCUCUACCUCGCUGGUGAGUCCUCUGGAUCCAGUGAGGAGCCGGUGUGGUGGGUUCCCCUAAUUGCGGUUGGGGUGGAGGUUGUUCUGCUCCCCUGGUUAGGGUUAUGCUUCCUCUGGGUCACCUGCGUCCUCUGGCUCGUUGGUGACUUUGGAGGUUCCUCUGGCUCGUCGGCGUCGUCGACGAUGCCUCUGUUGCUCGGCCAAAUUCCCGGUGUGGACUGUCGAUGUGCCACAAAGAUUAUGUCUUGCGGCUUCAAAAAGCUGGAGGUCGCGCCGACGAGUUUGGUUGUGGAGCUCGAGUUCCGGCCAUGGCGUUCCUUCCCCACCUCCAGCGGAUCGAAGGGUGCCUCUGGCUUGGGAACGUUCACAAAGACGAUGGAGGACAUUAGUGUAUUUCUGGUGUUCUUUAGGGUCUUUCGUGUAAAAGAUACCACUUGGAGUUUGUGCUGUUUGGAGUCCUUUGUAGUUUUUUCCUUUCUCCAGGGGGUUGAAUGUUAUUUGCUGGGGAUGAAUACAUGGGCUUCCAGCCCCUUCCGCACAAAAAAAAAAACCCGGCUCCUCCACUCCACUUCGGCCUCUCCUCCACCGGAAGCAAGAACACCCUGAUUCUCCGAUCCCCUGGUUUGCUGCUCACUUCCGUCUCGGAAACCGACCCCCGACGCGCGGAUCGCAAAUCAGGAUGAAGAUCUUUGUGAGGAGCCCCACUGGCAGGACAAUCUGCCUCAUGGUCCAACCAACGGAUACCUUGUCUACUGUUAAUGCAAAGAUUCUGGAACAACACUGCAUUGUCUUUGAUGGAGAGCAGCUAGACGACAACCUUACAUUGGCUGAUUAUGGCAUCCAGCAUCAAUCCACAAUUGAUCUCCAAGAAAAGAUGCAGAUCUAUGUAACGGAUACACUAGCAGGAAAGAACAUCACUCUUGAGGUUCAUAGCUUAGAUACUAUUGACAACGUGAAGGCCAAGAUUGAAUAUAGUGAAGGAUUUCCCAAGGCUCAGCAGUGCCUCAUCUUUGGCAACAAACAACUCGAGGAUAAGGGCACCUUGGCAGACCACAACAUCUGCAAGGAGUCCACCCUUCUCCUUGUCCUCCACCCGUUUCCAAUAGGCACGAUGCGGAUCUUCGUGGGUACGCCAUUAGGAACGACCAUCGCUCUUGCGGUUAAAAGCUCAGAUACUAUCUACAAUGUCAUGGUGAAGAUCCAUGAGAAGGUAGGUGUUCCUCCCGACCAGCAACGCCUCAUCUGGCAUGGCAAGGGGCUGGAUUACUGCCGCACCCGCACCCUGGCAGACUAUAACAUAAAGAAUGAGUCUACCGUCGAUUUGGUGCGCCACCUUGUUGGUAAUUGAGAUGGAUGUCAUGCAUGGUCUCAACAACAAGUCUCUUUUGCUGCAGUCUUAUUUUUUUCCAUGCCAGUAGAAAGUAGUUGCAUGUCAGUACUCUGUAAAGCCAUCAUUGUACUGUGGUCUUGUUCAUUCAAGUUGUGUGUUUCGUCGUACGUUAAUGUGUGAAAUCAUCAAGAGUAGUCCUCAUACUCCCGGUCUGUCUUGACAUCAGUUGAUUGAGAAAUAUAUAUGAUCUUGCUAGAUAA